AUGCAAGUCCUAACGCGACCAAACAUGAAGCGAAAGCAAAGUAGCAGUGACAAGAACGAGGCGCCGGCGCCGAAUCAGCAGGCAAAUAAGAAAAUUAAAGAGAGUAAUGACGACCCGCUAGAGAUCCUACGGGAUCUAGUGAGCAAACUGCCACCAGAGAUGCAGUCGCAAGUUGCUCACGUGGAGGGCAUUGUUAUUGAACUGGCAUUGAACUUGGCCGAAGAGCUGGUAGCAGGUCGAGUUGCUGAAGCAUUACAACGGCGCAAUGAAAAAAAGCGGCCUGUUAAAGACGAGAAGGGGAAGCGACAGGCACAACUAGGAUUUGAUAAAGCAACAGAGGAAGAACGACGAGAACGGGAGAAAAAGAAAGAAGAGGAGAAGCUGGGGAAGGAAAAGAAACGACUAGAAGAGAAGCUGGAGCGAGAAAAGAAGCGGGAAGAAGAGCGACUAGAAAGAGAACGCAAAAAGGAAGAGGAGCGAUUAGAACGUGAAAAGAAGAAGGAAGAAGAGCGAUUAGAACGUGAGAAGAAGAAAGAAGAAGACCGGCUAGAACGAGAGCGCAAUAAAGAAGAAGAGCGCAAAAAACGUGAAGAUCAAAAGCGCAAAGAGCAAGAGGCCAAGGACCGACAGCAAUCUCGCCUGGCCAACUUCUUUACAGUCCAAAAGCCCAAGACAAGUACCCCUGAGAGCGAGUUUGACCGAGUAUUUUUACCAUACUACCAACGCAGCAAUGUCACAAUACAUCUACCGCUUGAUGCAAGACCAAAAAUUGAUGUUGAGACAGUAUGCAAGCGGAUGGACGAAGACUUCCAAGGAGGUGAAGACAUAUUUGAAUGGUUCAAGGCUCAACGGAGGCUUCGAGGGGACAAUUCUGUGCCAUUUACAGCUCGCGAGGUUGUGGAUCUUGCCAAUAGCGAAACGGCAACAGAAGCAGAAAUAGCGGCUGCGCUGGCUACGCUGCCAUACAAGCAUCUUCAGUUUGCUGAAAACAUUCGGCCACCAUACCAGGGCACUUUCCAGCGGCGCAAUGUUCACAUUCCUCGCGGGACCUUUUUAUUCAAAGACUCAGGAAUGAACUACGAUUAUGAUUCGGAUAUUGAGUGGACACAUGAAGAUGAAGAAGGUGAAGAUUUGGAUGAGGAAAGCAGUGCAGAUGACGAAGAUGAUGAUGAUGGUGAUGACAUGGAAGACUUUUUAUCAUCCGACGAAGGCGAUGCUCCACGGCGGCGCAUUGUGGGGCCUCUGACAGCAUUUGUAAGUUGGAACGAUGGGAAAACCGACACAGCCUUGUACAAAUCUCUGGAGAUUGAUGUGCUUAGCUAUAAUGGUGUUCCUGGUCCCAUCGAUCCGUACCGGGACUACUGGUCGACGCCGGACGUGAAACCCGAAGUGCGGCCCACUAAACUUAUAGCGCCGCAGGACAUGAGUGCAUUUGUAGACCACGUCCAAGGGUCUACGGAAACUAAAAUGUUUUUGACUGAAAUGCUGAAACGGGCACUGCCGCGCUACUCGAAAGAAAUUUUGCGUGCGACGCUGACAGAGCUUGCAAAAAGGGUGGGUCGGACGUGGGAGGUGCGCCGGGACAUGCUAGAGCAGUAUGGGAAGCCUGGGCAGCCUGGGCAGUCUAGGCAGUCUGGACAGCCUUUGAUUAAGUAA